UGGGAGUUUUUAAAUUUCCCGGAUUUAACAACCAUCUAUAAAUAGCUCGGGAUACCUCAUUUUUCAUUGGUUGUUGCCAUGAGCUAACCGGAAACGGAAAUCGUUCCAUUGUUUACUUUCCGGUGAUUGGAAUUCUAGCAAUUGCAUCUAUUGUUCAUUGAUAUUUAGUGUAACUAAUAAGUGUAAUUAGUUGCGCUAGUUGAUGUUAGAGUGCAAUAGCAAUUGCAGUUGAUUUCAACCUGUAUUGUUUAUUUUGUUUAAUUUUUUGAAAAAAAAAAUAUACUGAGGAAAUAAGGGCAUUUUCAUUUCAUUCCAGUGCACGAGUUCUUGCACCCGGAGGUAUCUGGCCUUGAGGGUACAGAGGAGACGUGCAUUGCGGUCAAGCAGUCGCAGUGAGCAGUAGGAUCAUCGGUUCUCCGGCAUCGCUGGGGAUCGCGCAUAACCUGCAUCAUACUUUACCGGCAGUGUCUGGUUGAGUGGAGGUUAUAGGUGUUAGAAAUCAAGAUUCUUAAAACUACCCUGUGCGGCUGCUGAGAAUGUCAUCUUCCUCCAAGCUUGAGGUUUAAUGCAAGCUGAAAGUGACCGGAGACCGCUGGUUACGACAUGACUUUUCAACAGGGUUUAUCCGACAUAAUUGUGUUCAUGUUCUCCAGUUACAUCCGAAGCAAUUGGAGGACAAAAAUUCCUUCAUACGUUGUUAUCCCUAUUUGUACUCACAAUAUGGGUUCAAAACCAAAGAUGAAGGGAAGAGGAGGAGAAAUAGCAUGGGGUCAUUAGGAAGAAUGGCGUCCGGCGAAAGCUGGAAGUUGAGAAGCCUCCUAUAGGUAGUCAUGUACCAUGGCCAGCUGGACGACUGAGUACUUUCUCGGGUCUACUGUUCGGCUUGGUACCCUGCUGGACUUUGCCCAUAAGCAUGACUUAGGAAUCAACGCGGAGGUGUCUCUAUCUGAAGUAGAUAGACAGUGGUUGUCCGAGUUCGCCCGUCAAUCAGGAUGGCCGGAAGUGGACUUCGACAUUCAACGUCUGAACUCGCAGGCUCUUCUGGCCCAUUGGCGUGUCCUUGUCGGUCUACUGAAACACAUUCCAAGGGAUCGACAAGUUUACUUCUUCAACCUGGACAAUCAGCGUACCUCUAGUACCGUCCCGGCUGUGGCUGGGUUACAUGUUCAAAUCCCUGACGUGGAGCAUCAAAGUACCCCAACACCCCCGGUUGUGGCAGUGACAGAACCUGCAGGAAGUGGAACGGCUCAUGCUGUUUCUAAUGUACGGAACAUGUCUGUUAGGGAGUAUCUGGCAGUAUCCGGACAGGCAAACCUUUCGUUGGCUAGGGGGAACACAUCCCAGGCGUCAGGGCGACCAGUAACGACCAGGAUUUCGGCCUUAGAUUCUCAUUUUCACCUGGACCGGUCUCUAGUGAAAUUGGUUAUGCCGUAUUACUCAGAUAUCCGGACCAUUCUGGAUGCAGAUGUAGGGAUCAGACCCCAUGUUGAAGUGGAUGUGGUAGGAGGUGUCCUGAUCUAUUGUGACCCCGAACCUAACCAGCAGAUACUUGGGGGCUACAGGAGGAAGUUCUGACAAGGAUACUAGAGUUGUCAUCCCCUUGUCAACCAAUCAUCCUUCAUAUCCGGGAUGGGGAGGAUCGGCAGUCCGGAGUGCUCUAUCUGGAAUGUCUUGAAUUAUUAAAGCCCAAUGUUGCUCGGACGCAGAAAGUGGUGCUGCAUUGUUUCACCGGCGCGCAAGAGGUAGUGGUCAGCUGGUGUAAGGCAUUCCCUUAUUGUUUCUUCAGUACUCAGGACAAGCCCGGCUUUUCACGGAGGCGCAGAAACAGGCAGUCCGGAGGGUCCCGGCGAACAGGCUGUUGAUCGAAACUGACUCGCCAUACUUUCGACCAGCUGGGGCUCAGAUGUGCACUCCAUCCUUUUUAGGGGACGUGGCCAACGUUAUUGCGUCAUAUCGGGAUAGCGAGGUCAGGGACGUGUGCCAGCUGACCUUGAGGAAUUCUACUCAACUGUUUGGGCUAGAAAUAGCAUAAUGUAAUAUGACAUUUGUUCGGCCAAUUAUCGAAUUUUGAAUAUGGAGUUUAAUAUUUUAAUGUUUAGAACAUUAAUUUUAACAGAAAGGAAACACAACUGAAGUGUAUAGACAAUGAAUGGAAGUGAAAGUUUGGAAAAACUCCGUUGUUAAAUAUAUGUUUCAAGAAAAACUAUAUGCUGGGCACAAUUUACUCAUCUAGUCUGUUCUAGUGGACAAUUACUGGAGCAUUGCAGAAUUGAAUACAAUAUAAAGUAUCAACAGGGCCCGGAACUUUAGUGUAGGCCAAAUUUUGGAUGAAGUAACAAGUUACCAAGACUGAAAAAGGACUAUGUCUCUUUCCCGUUGGAUAAAAUGGGGGAGAGUGUGGUAAAUUUACUGGUGUGUAACCGGAACAGUACGGCAGAGGCUAAUCGAUUGACCGAAAACCAAUGCAAAUAAUCGUCAGUCAUACUGUAGCUUUACAUCUGGACGGACGUCUACUUUUGUAUCGGUGUUCAUCCUAUGUGUUUUGUGUCUACGUUCCUGGCCUGAGGGAUCCGGGAACAGAUACAGCUUUAUUUCAGAUAAUUCUGAUGAAGGGAACGAUGCAGGUCAAGGUGAGCUCAAUAGCGAUGAUGAGGCCCCGGAUGAUGUUGGUUUCCAUGACAGCAAGAUGUCGGUCUUGGCAGGGCCGCGGUCUGCCAUGAGGCAGGUGGAUAGGGGGCAGUCUGAUAAGAAAGAACAACGGAGGAAACUGGAUGCACAGUUCAAGGCACAAAAUGUG